AUGGAAAACAAAAAACUUGUUUGUCUAAUAAUUCUCUUUGCAAUAAAUUUACUUAAUUAUAUGGACAGGUUUACAAUUGCAGGAGUCUUAAACGAUGUCAUUAAAUUCUACAAUAUUGACGAUAAAAUGGCUGGAUUCCUUCAAACUGUGUUUAUCAUCUUUUUUAUGUUGUUUGCCCCAAUUUGUGGAUGUUUGGGGGAUCGAUUUAAUCGAAAAAUAAUAAUUUUAAUUGGCGAAAUUGUUUGGGUACUUGCCCACUUUGCUUCUUUCGUUAUUUUACGUGGAAUUGUUGGGAUUGGAGAAGCUUCCUAUGCGGUUGUUGCCCCAACUUUUCUUGCUGAUAUGUUUGGGGGAAAGACGAGAAGUCGUGUUUUGAUGUUUUUUUAUUUUGCUAUUCCUGUUGGGAGCGGUCUUGGCUAUGUAAUAGGCUCUUAUGUAGCAUCAAUUGCGAAAGCUGGAAGGACAGACUGUGUGGACUGUUGGCAAUGGGGAAUUCGGGCAACCCCUUUAUUCGGCAUUGCAACAAUUAUUGCAUUGAUUUUUGGAGUGGAUGAACCGGUUCGUGGACAAGCAGACCAGGAAGAGAGUGGGCAGAUAAAUGGACAAACUGAAAGUCAAACAUUUAUUUGGUCAACGAUAGCUUAUACUGCUGUUGUUUUUUCGACUGGGACUUUGACUUGGUGGGCACCCGCAGCUAUAGAGGAAGCAAUUGCUUGGCAUCAUAAUAUUACAAAUGCAACUGCUGUAACAGACACAGAACACGUUGCUUUGACUUUUGGGGGAAUAACUUGUGCUGGGGGAAUUAUUGGAGUGGCUUUGGGAACUGUUGCUUCUAUGGCUUGGAAACGUGGAAUAAGCUGUUUUUCUGGAUAUUCUAAUCAACGAGCAGACCCCUUAGUUUCUUCUAUUGGCUCUUUUCUGGCAACUCCUUUACUUUUUUUGUCAAUUAAAUUAAUUGAUUUAAAUUUUAUUUUUCUUGCUUGGUUACUUCUUUUUUUAACAAUUGUAUCUCUUUGCUUGAAUUGGGCAGUUAAUGUUGAUAUGUUAAUGGCUAUUAUCGUUCCACAUCGUCGAGGUAUUGCAAGUGCUGUUCAAAUUCUUAUAUCACAUGCAUUUGGAGAUGCUAGUGGACCUUGGAUUGUUGGGGCAAUUUCUGACUCUGUUCGAGGAGAGGAUAAAACUCCAGAAGCCCAUUUCCAUUCAUUAGUUAUUGCAUUCUAUCUGCCAAAUGUUUUAUUAUUUUUGAGUGGAGUAGGUUUCCUUUUGGCAGCCUAUACAUUACCUAAGGAUUUAAAACUGGCGGAAGAUUGGAGAACAAAUAGGCGAGGGACAGAUGGUUCUGCACAAUUGACAGGGGUGACACAAACAGCAGAUACGGGACAUCUGCCUUUAGAUGAUGGAAACUUGUCGCCUUCAAAUAGGUUAAAUCAAUAUCAAAACGAAGCUUUUGAUCCAUAACAACAUAUCUAUAUUUAAAUUUUUACUGCAUAUUAUUCUUUAUUUACAACUUUUGGAAAUUAAUUUAUGUAUUUAUACAUAUGUAUUAUUCACUCG